UCGUGCGUACAUUGACAUCCCCAUGUCAUCGGGGCCCAUUUUGUUCCGGCCCGGCCUUGCUUGCUCAAUUGUUCAAGUCGCUACCACAGCCUCUGCUCCCAGCGAUUUUCGGCCAUACAAGUUCUUCUGGGAGUGUUCGAACUCGAUUUGAGAUCCUUCAAGGUCUCACUUGCUGCGUCCGUCAUAUUCUGUCGUUACUCGCAGCGCCAUGGAGCUCAAAGCUCCCUCUCUCAAGCCUCUAUUUGGCUUUGUCUCGCUACUAUUCUACGCAGACCCAACAUGGCUCGACAAGUUGAUGGUUGUUGUUGCCUUCUUUGCUGCCAUCGGCGCUGGAGUACCGGUCCCUGUCACAGGUAUUAUUUUCGGUCAGCUCGUCGACGAUAUCAAUCAAGCUGCCUGUGAUACUUCGACACCUGCUACAGAGUCUCAAUCUGCUAUAAACAAAAAGGUCUUGACUCUCUUAUAUCUAGCCAUAGGCCGUUUCUUCCUGAUCUUCAUACACAUCGCCUGUUGGAAUCUCAGUUCUCAGCGUCUCUCCCAGCGCAUCCGUGAGCGCUACGUUCGGUCCCUUCUCAAACAAGAUAUCGCCUACUUCGACAAACUACCCGCUGGAGAAGUUUCCUCACGCCUCAAUGGUGACAUUCAAGCAAUUCAGACCGCCACCUGCGAGAAGGUGGGAAUUUUCUUAAAUUGUAUCUCCUUCGGCAUCACGGCCUACAUCAUCGCAUUCAUCCUACAACCCAAGCUCGCCGGUAUGCUGAUUGCCCUAAUCCCGGCCUUUGUCAUCAUGAACCUGGCAACCGGCCACUUCACGCAGAAGUAUACCAUACGGGUAUCGAAUCACUUCGCGUCUGCUGGUGCUAUUGUUUCCGAGGCGCUUAACAAUGUCGGUUUGGUUCAUGCUCUGGGUGCUCAACCAAGGCUAGAGCAAAGUUUCGGAGAACGGUUGACAAAUGCGAAACGAGACGGAUUGAAAAAGGCUACGGUCGCAGCGACGCAAGCAGGCAUGAUAUGGUUCAUUGCCCUUUCAGCGCAGGCACUUGCAUAUUGGCAGGGUAGUAUCAGGAUUGCCCAAUCCCUUGAAUCCAACAGCAACGGCACAACUGUAGGAAAAAUCUUCACGGUCAUCUUCAUCUUAGUCGAUGGUGCUUCCAAUCUUGGACAUAUUGCUCCAUUUCUGCCACUUUUCGGCGCAGGAGUGGGAACAUUCAAACGCCUUAAGCAAGAGAUCGAGCACCUGCCAACAAUCGAUGGAACAUCUGAAAGUGGUGACAAGCCCACAGAUGUAGAAGGCAGCGUGGAGCUCCGCAAUGUUUCGUUUGCAUACCCCGCAAGACCAGAGCACCAAGUUCUGAACAACGUCUCUCUGCAAUGCGAAGCACAGAAACUUACAGCCUUGGUUGGCUUGUCUGGAAGUGGAAAAUCUACAAUUGCCAGUCUAAUCACUCGAUUUUACGAUCCCCUUGAAGGAUCUAUCUCGUUAGAUGGCAAAGAUCUCAAGAGCCUCAAUGUCAAGAGCCUAAGAGGCUUCAUCAGUCUUGUGCCUCAAGAACCAUCUCUUCUUGAUCGCUCGAUUCUGGAAAACAUUGCCCUUGGCCUUGUCAACUCUCCUGCUCAUGCACAUCUUGAAAAGACUCUGCUUGGCGACGCUCUGGCGACCAUCGCGAAAACCGUCCGAGAUGGUCAGGACUUAUUCAAACUCGCAGAAUCCGCCAGUCCAGAAGUAGCAGAGAUCGUCAGACUUGUGCAAACAGCAGCCGAGCUCGCAGAUGUCUCGAAUUUCGUCGGUCGUUUAGAGCACGGUUUCGCUACUCCGGUUGGAUCAAGCGGAAGUCUUAUUAGUGGUGGUCAAAAACAAAGGAUUGCACUUGCUCGCGCCCUUGUUCGAAACCCCAGGAUCCUGGUUCUUGAUGAAGCGACAGCUGCACUAGAUUCGGCUAGCGAGCAGCGCAUUCAAGCUGCGAUCGACAGAGCAUCAAAAGGACGAACUGUUAUUUCUAUUGCGCAUCGGCUGUCGACAAUCAAAGCUGCUAGCAAAAUCAUUGUAAUGCGUCAGGGAUCCAUCAUUGAAGAAGGAACUCAUGAAGAAUUGAUGAGCAUCGAAAAUGGUUCCUAUGCUGAAAUGGUUCGCCUGCAGUCGGUCAAGCCGGCUGGCGAUGAUGCCGCAUCUUCUGCGAGUAGAAGUGCUGUUGAUAGUGAUGAUGAGAUCACAGAAAAAGGAAAGACAACAAACGACCCGGACGCUACUCAUGCCCUCAAAGACAAGACCAAAGACAAGAGCACCGAGCCCAAGGAGGCCAGUGCCGAGCUUGCGGCGACAUCUGUCAAGAGAGCAAUUCUUCCUUUCCUACGACCAUAUCCCCUGCUUCUGACUGGUGCAUUGUUUUGCUCUCUCCUUGUCGGUCUCACAUUCACUGCCGCAGGUUUGAUAUUUGGAGAUACCAUUGGAAGCUUUUCGCCGUGUAACGAACCUGACUAUAUUCGCUCCCGCGGCCUACUCCUAUCUGGAAUGUACUUCAUGCUUGCAUGUGUUGAGUUUCUUGCCAAUUUUGGCAGCUGGCAAGCAUUUGGCAUCGUUUCGGAGCGCCUAAUCUAUAAGAUUCGCAUACUGUCGUUUCGCUCAUUAUUUCAACAGCCACUCGAGUGGCACGAAUCCGAAGGCCGGAGUCCGAAUAAACUUUUGACUUACAUAACUAACGACGGCAAUUCCUUAGCCGGAUUCAGUGGCUCCAUUGUGGGAACUGUUUUCUCGGUUGUGAUCAAUUUCCUUUCCGUCAUCGUGUUAACACACGUUCUGGCCUGGAGAAUUGCCAUCGUCUGCCUCACGCUCGUGCCAUUGUCCUUGGGCGCUGGUUAUAUGCAGUGGCGUGGAGUUGCCAAAUUUGCAGUGAAGCAUGCUGGAGCAUUCUCCAGCUCUAUCGGUAUCACUGUUGAGGCUCUUACAAAUAUCCGGACCGUUGCCGCGUUAUCACUUGAAGAGGAGAUCUUGCUGACAUACCGUCGAUCGCUCAAAGCACCUCGGCAGGAAAUGGUUCGUCAGAGCUUUAACACCACUCUCUGGCUUUCUAUUUGUAACGCUAUGCCCGCUGCCAUAUACGCUUUCUCUUAUUGGUGGGGCUCCAAGAACAUCAUCGAAGGCCGCUACAGCCCUUCGGAUUUCUUUACGAUUGUGGUGUCGCUCAUGGUGUCAGCACAACUUUGGGGUCAGUUUUUCGUACUUGCUCCCGAGAUCUCCAAAGCGCGAGGCGCGAUGUCGCGAAUCUUCGGUUUGAUUGAACUCGGAUCAAAGCCGAAGUCGAAAGUUUCCUCCGCACACUCAGGUGACAGCAGCUCCAAGUCAUUUGAUGAUGAUAUGCACGAAAAGGGGGACAUCGAGUCGGUCGCUGAAAGUCCAUCCAUUCCAUCCCGCCAGGGUGGUGCUACUGUCGCAUUCCGCGACGUCUCAUUCUCAUAUCCCGCUCGUCCUAACAUCCCAGUUCUAGACUCGCUUUCGCUUAGCAUCCGACCUGGUCAAUUCUGUGCGCUCGCUGGCCCAUCUGGUGCUGGCAAGAGCACAGUCCUGGCUUUGCUCGAACGCUUCUAUGAGCCAACAUCUGGUGUUGUCUCCAUAAACGGGUUUGAUAUCUCGCGCCAUAACAGCGCUGCUUUCCGAGAUGAUAUUGCCUACGUACCACAGGAGAAUGUUAUGUUCCAAGGGACUGUUCGAUUCAACCUGACGCUAGGUGCACGACCUGGCCAUACGCCCACAGACGCUGAGCUUGAGGAAGCGUGCAAACUCGCCAACAUUCACGACGUCAUCAUUGGACUUCCCAAAGGGUAUGACACCGACGUCGGCGCCAAUGGCUCUCAACUAUCAGGUGGCCAGCGACAACGUCUUUCUAUUGCCCGUGCACUUAUUCGCAAGCCCAAUCUUCUCUUGCUUGAUGAAAGCACAAGCGCCCUCGACGCCGAAAGCGAAAACGCCCUGGAGAUGGGGUUGGAAAGAGCCGUCAAAGGCCAAGGAAUUACUGUCAUCGCCAUUGCACAUAGACUGCGUACUAUCGCGAAAGCAGAUGUCAUCUUCCUGAUCGAAGGUGGGCGUGUUGUUGAUCAAGGACGCCACUCAGAACUAGUGGAACGAUGUGAAAGCUAUCGAGUGAACGCACUUCAUCAAAUGAUGGCUUGAGGUAAAAAAUAGUUGUUUCUUUUCUUUUAUGUUUAAAUAUAGGAUGAGAAUCGGUUCACAUAAUCAGACUAAUCCAAGAUACCCGCUUCAUAACAUUCAUACACAUGUUGGAUUAUGAAAAAACUGAGUGAGGAAUGAAUAUUGCACUUUGGCAAGGCUAAGCGCGCAAUGCGAGAAUGUUAUGAGCGCUUGCAAUGACACUACUGUGCCA